CCCAGCAAAAACAACGCGACCAUCACACGUAAACCAACCACCUACCCAACCAAUGCCAGCCUCAUUCUUCGCCGCACACCUCCGCACCCUCUGCAUCCAAACCCGUCUCUCAUACAUCAGUACUUUCGGCUCCGAAUGCUACGACCAGUAUUCUUCGGCGCGCCAAAGUACUUGCAUACCUCCCUCAUCGCCAUCAUCACCUCCAUCGCCCGAGUCGUCGCAAAGACCGCGCCGCUCAGUGGACUUCGGGCCCUCGGGAGCGAGGCGGCGGGUAUCUGUCGACGAGGGGACUUUUGCGGGUCAGCGUUUAUUCCAGAUACAGCGUGUGCCGGUGGGAAGGGGGCGUGCGAUCGAGGCUCCGUCGAGCGAGGUGCAGCAGCGAGCGAGAGGGCGGCGGGGAGAGGUGGAGGUGUGAUUUGCGAGGGCGUUGUGUUGAUGGGUUGGGUGUCGGGUGUUGGGAAAGGUUGUGGUGGUGGCGAGGAGUCGAAAAGUGUUUUGGAGAACGAUAUAGUCGAGCUUGAGGAUGCUCAUUAUACCGAUUCAAGGACUCCUUUCUCCAACGCCCAAAAAACCCGGAUCACAGCAACAAAGAAUCUUGAUCUGGGAGUGUGGACCUGCUCCAAGCAAACGGAUCUCCUUAAGCUACGCAACAUUUCCUUUGUUAACGGCUCUAUCCCAGCGAAGUCAGGUGUUGAGAAGUUUGGACAGUGCUGA